AUGGAUCUUGCUUUAAUCAGUCCUGAAUCGAGCUUCAAUAUGGCCAGUUCAGUCACUUGUGUUCUUGCGCUCCUUUUUCUGUUUGGUGUAUUAAGCAGUUAUGAAGGUGCACCGCAAUUUGGACCAUACAUCUCAGGGCGCCAAGGGCCUGGUUUUCACGUAAUAUCACCGAGACAUUCCGGUUUUGGCCACAACCAAGGCCCUGGCAGAUUAGCAUCAGGUGGUUCUAUUAGUAUUUCGAAAUCAGUCAGCAUCUCUCGCGGAGGUUCCAGCGUGUCGAAUGCAAAGUCGAGCGCUGGAUCGAAUUCUGGAUUUGGCGGUGGUUCGAGCGCUAGCUCUAAUGCAGCAGCUAGUUCUAGAGGAAAAUGA